UUCCAGUCUAUUCUGGCCAGCAAGUAUCAGGCGAUUGCUGAGAGCUUCGACUUUUCGGCACCUGGUGGUCCGACGUUUCCCAUCAACAAAUGGGUGGCUAGUAAGACUCGGAACAAAAUUACAGACCUAUUGAAACCCAGGGAUAUAGCUCAAAGUACCCAGGCUGUACUAAUAAAUGCCUUAUAUUUUAAUGGAACCUGGGAGUUUGAGGAGAGACUCACAGAGAAAGAAAUAUUUCAGAUAAAUGAACGCCAAUCUGUACUAGUGAACUUUAUGAAACAAAUUAAUGACCUUGACCUCAAAGUUUCCGCUACAGAGAAUGUCGAUGUUCUAAGACUUCCUUUUGUGAAUAACAGAUUUGCAUUUUACAUCGCCCUUCCCAAAACUACCACAGGUCUAUCCGUCUUUGAGAAGAAGAUUUUUUAGGACGACUUUGACCUGAAUGCGUUGUUUACUGGAUUCACCAGGAGGGCAGUUUUUCCUGACCAUGCCAAAGUUUAAACUCACGGCCACGAUGGAAUUAAGCAAAAAAUUGAUAAACUUGGGGAUGAUCACCGCUUUUUCGGACGAAGCUGACUUUUCCGGAAUGUCCACAGACCGUACUCACAUCUCAGAUGUCCGCCAGCGGGUAGAGAUAGAAGUUGAAGAGAGGGGCGUGGUUGCUGCGGCUGCAACCGUAGUCAGAUUCCUCGAGUCAGCCAUUGGGCCUACACCUGAUUCUUACAUCUUCCGGGCAGAUCAUCCAUUUAUGUAUUUCAUUCGGGAUGAAGAAACCGGACUGAUACUCUUCCAAGGCAAA